AUGGAAAUCUCUACUCUCGCAACAUACCAUUGCCUUGCUUUUGUCUGGUAUUUUUUUGUCACCUAUUCAAUCACUCACGUAAGAACAGGAGAGCGGCCAUCUGAAGUGUUCCUUUAUGGUGGGCAGUGGAAAUAUUUGACAGUCCUCAAUCUGGUUUUGCAGGCUGUCUUCUAUGGGGUGUCCUUCCUGGCUGAUGUGUUGAGACUAAUUAAGAAACUGCGAUGUGCUAAGAGAGUAAUUUCCAGCAGAGACCUUCUUUUCAGUGUCCUGGCUUUCCCAAUGUCCACAUUUGUGUCUCUAUCCUUUUGGACACUGUAUGCCUACGAUCGAGAGCUGCUUUACCCCAAAAGCCUUGAUGGAGUCAUCCCGCUCUGGUUAAAUCACGCUGUG